AGAAAACCUCCGGACGGAGCCAAGCAUAUCUCCGCCGCCAAAGAAGAAGCAAAGCCACAAGAGAUCGGAGGGAGAGAAGAUGCCUUGCCUUUACAUCUCCACCAACGUGUGCCUCGACGGGGUAGACACCAACCCUCUCGUCGCGGAAGCCACCAACGCUUGCGCUUCAAUCAUAGGCAAACCCGAAAAUUACAUAAUGGUGAUACUCAAGGGAUCGUUGGACAUUACGCUCGCGGGCAACAGAGAACCAGCUGCAUACGGUGAAAUCGUAUCCAUUGGGGGCAUAAACUCCCAAGUGAAGAAGAGGCUGAUCGAUUCAGUCGCCAGCAUCCUCCAGACCAAUCUGUCCAUUCCAAGGACUCGAUUCUUCCUCAAAGUUUACGACACCACAAUGGGACGUGUUCCUUCCAAGCUGUGAAGUCUUGUAAGGAAAUUGCAGCCACAUGUAUCACUUGGAUCGUGCAUUAUGUCGGAAUUAUCAAGACUGGUAGAGAUGCACUAAGCUCUUGAUGAAGGAGCAUUAACUAUUGGGGCACCACUCUCCUCAUUUGUCACAAACCCAAAUAAGAAGUGCUGAGUUGUGUUCAUUCUUCAUCUCUGCAUUUGAAGUUUUAUCGUUGUUAGUCAAUCAAA